UAUGCCCCCAAAAUGGAAACAAACAACCUAAUCUUCAGUUCUCUCUCAAACUUUUACCAUAAUUUUCUGCUUUAUCUCUUUUCAAUUCUUUCUCUGAAAAUUUUACAUAAACAUUUUCUUUUUCUUCUCAUUCAAAAACUAAUUUUCCUACACAAUUAAGGUCAUGCAAGUAUUGCAUUGAUAACAGUAACUGAGCCAGGAAUUCUAUUAAGAGAAUUCAAAAAGCUGCAUGCAACUUCGAACCUGUGAUCAGCUAAAGUAAUUUUUGAAUCGCUUCUGAUCAAACUUUAAGUAAUUAAAUAAACAAAAUACCGGUGAUCAAUACGACGACGUAGGGAGAUGCAAAAUGGCGGACGAGAUAGUAGUAACAAGCUCGGAGAACAAAACAGAGGAUACGAUUGUAUGUUAUGCUCCUAUGAUGAUAACCACGAAUGGAAUAUGGCAGGGUGAUAAUCCACUUGAUUAUUCCUUGCCUCUAUUCAUAUUGCAAUUGACAUUGGUGGUUGUCAUCACUCGCCUUCUCGUUUAUAUCUUGAAACCACUUCGUCAACCUCGUGUUAUUGCUGAGAUUCUUGGUGGUGUAAUAUUAGGGCCAUCAGUAUUGGGAAGAAGUAGCAAAUUUGCUAAUACAAUAUUUCCUCAAAGAAGUGUAAUGGUUCUUGAGACAAUGGCAAAUAUUGGCCUUCUUUACUUCCUCUUUCUAGUUGGAGUAGAAAUGGACAUUGAUGUGAUUAGUCGAAAUGGUAAAAAAUCCUUGAUUAUAGCAAUAGCAGGCAUGGUAUUGCCAUUUAUACUAGGGAGUUCAUUCUCCUUUAUGUUGCAUGAGACCUCACAACAUACUAAACAAGGAACUUUCAUCCUCUUCCUUGGCCUUUCCCUUUCUGUUACUGCAUUUCCUGUUCUUGCCAGAAUCCUCGCGGAGCUCAAACUUAUAAACACUGAAAUUGGGAGGAUCGCGAUGUCAGCUUCACUUAUUAAUGAUAUGUUAGCAUGGGUUGUGUUAGCAUUUGCUAUUGCCUUUUCUGAGAAUAAAAAUAUGACAUUGGCUUCACUUUGGGUGAUUCUAUCAAGUACAGCCUUCAUUUGUUUUUGCUUUUUCGUCGUUAGGCCAUUGAUUGGAAGGAGGAUUAGACAAACCCCAGAAGGCGAAUCGAUUAGUGAGUUCAAUAUAUGUCUCAUUCUCACAGGAGUUAUGGUUGCUGGAUUCAUAACAGAUGCAAUUGGAACACAUUCUGUUUUUGGAGCUUUUGUCUUUGGUUUGAUUAUACCAAAUGGUCCUCUUGGUUUGGUACUUGUGGAAAGGCUAGAGGACUUUGUUUCGGGUCUUUUGCUGCCUCUUUUUUUUGCCAUUAGUGGUCUCAAGACAGAGAUUACUGCUAUUGAUGGAGUUGGAACAUGGGCAAUUUUAUUUGUUGUAAUAAUCCUAGCUUGUGCUGGCAAAGUACUAGGUGUAUUCCUUGCAACUCUCUAUUACAAAAUGCCAUAUCAUGAAGGCCUUUCUCUUGGUCUACUCAUGAAUGCCAAAGGCCUCAUUGAGAUGAUUGUGCUCAAUGUUGGUAAAGACCAAAAGGUUUUUGAUGACAAAUCUUUUGCUAUAAUGGUGAUGGUAGCAAUAGGCAUGACUGCAAUCAUCACACCCAUUGUGACAGUAAUUUACAAACCAGCAAGAAACUUUGUCCCAUAUAAGAGAAGAACAGUUCAAAGAACAAAGUUGGAUAGAGAAUUCAGAGUACUGGUUUGCAUCCACACAACUAGAAAUGUUCCAACAAUUAUCAAUCUUCUUGAAGCUUCCUAUCCUACCAAGAAAUCACCAAUAUGUAUAUAUGUCCUACACCUCGUCGAGCUCACUGGACGUGCAUCCGCAAUGCUUAUUGUUCAUAACAUGAGAAAAACAGGAAGGCCAGCAAUUAACAGAACACAAGCUCAAUCUGAUCACAUCAUCAAUGCAUUCGAGAACUUUGAAAAGAACGUCGGAUGUGUUUACGUGCAGCCUCUCACUGCUAUCUCCCCUUACUCCACAAUGCAUGAAGACAUUUGCCUUUUAGCAGAGGACAAAAGGGUGGCACUAAUAAUCAUCCCUUUUCACAAGCAACAAACAGUUGAUGGUGGAAUGGAAGCUACAAAUCCAGCAUUUCGAGCUAUUAACCAGAAUGUAUUAGCAAAUUCACCUUGUUCUAUUGGAAUUCUUGUGGAUAGAGGCUUAAGUGCAUCAAGAAUGAACCAAGUUUCUCACCAUAUCGCCGUACUGUUCUUUGGCGGACCAGAUGAUCGCGAAGCAUUAGCGUAUGCAUGGCGAAUGAGUGAACAUCCGAACACCAAUCUCACUGUUCUUCGGUUUCUCCCCGGAGAAGCUGCAAUUGAAGCAACAAGAUCAGAUUCAACCAAAAGCAGGAAUGAUCACAGCAUACUAACAGUAGCAACAGACAGCGACAAGGAAAAGCAACUAGACGAGGAAUAUAUAAAAGAAUUCAGGACAAGAACAACUAAUGAUGAGUCAGUAAUUUACACAGAAAGAGUAGUGAAUCAUGGAGAAGAGACAGUAGCAGCAAUAAGGAGUAUAGAUAAUUCACAUGACUUGUUCAUAGUUGGUAGAGGACAAGGCAACAUUUCCCCGUUGACGGCCGGGCUAACUGACUGGAGCGAAUGCCCGGAGCUUGGAGCAAUUGGUGAUCUUUUGGCUUCCUCAGAUUUUGCAAUGAAAGUUUCAGUUUUGGUAGUGCAGCAAUAUGUUGGAAUAGGAAUAGGGGAUCAAGUCACCACCCCGGAUAGUCCUAGCCGACAUUAUGAACACUUCAACAUUGAUCAUUCGAAUCGCAGGCCACAAACCAGAGAACAGCAACCUGGCUUUCAUUCACAACCCUGAAAAUUUGGUAGGAUUCUUGUUCAUAUCAAAUUUUUUGAAUAGUACUGUAGCUUUUUUUUGUUUUGUUAAACCUGUUCUUGAAUUUUGCUGCAUGUAAAUUGUAAAGCUUCCUACUAAGCCAGCUACAAUCUUUGAUGUAUUUGGUCUUCCAUUAAAAGAGUAAAGUGAAGAUAAUCAUAAAACGAGUUCAUUUUCCACUGUUGUUUCUAUUGUCCCCUUGGUUCCAAUUGUGAUUAAUAUGAA